GAUGAAAUCACCCAGUAAAGCCAUGGAUAGAACCAGUGCAGUUGGUUCAUGUCUAUGAAUGUGGCAGGAUAAAGGACAAACUUUGACAUUUGUUUGACAUACUUCAGUUUUUUCACCAUUUAUUUACAUAACCAGCAAAAACAAGGAUCUUGGAAGGGUCAUGAGGUACUGUACCUGAAGUCUAUCCUAUAGGACCAUGGGCACGAGGCAAGGGACACCCUGGACUGGGUAUCAACCCAAUUGCACAAACAAUUUAAAGAUGCCUGUCAGUCUAAAUGUGUCUUUGGACUAGGGGAAAGAAAACAGAGUACCUGGAGGAAAUCCAGAACAUCCAUGCACACGGGAGAGAAACAGGAAUCAAACCCCUAAACCUCAGAGUAGCUAGUGGGAGUGGUGUGGAGGCAGGGCUUUAACCGGAUUCCUUCUUCUGCCCCAGCUCUGCUCCCCCAAACCCCAUGCAGACUCUGAUUUUUUCAAUCAUGAAGGGACACUACACUAUCUGGGCGCUGCUCUUGCUUCUGCCGUUACACACACAGGCGGGACGACAGAUGCCAAAACUCUCAGACAAGAAACUAUGUGCUGAUGCAGAAUGCAGUCAUCCUAUCCUUAUUGCCAAAGCCAUUCAAGACUAUUAUCCCCAGGACUGUCACUUCAUUCCCAUCCACCAAGGCCAACUCGUCUACGUCUACUCCAUGCUGAAAGACCGGGGCAACCUUUUUUGGUCUGGCAGUGUCCAAGGAUCGUACUAUGGCGAGCAGGAGGCUCGUCUCGGCUAUUUCCCCAGCAGUGUAGUCGAAGAGACCCACGCUUUAAUGCCGGCUGAGGUUGAAGUCAAAACAAACAAAUGGGACUUCUACUGCCCAUGAGAUGCUGAGAUCUUCCCAUGAGAUCCUUCCAAGUGAGAGGACGUUAUUUUCUUGCACUUUAACUUCUGUUACCAUGUCAAGCAUCCUUUUUCUCAAACACAGUGACUUCUGCAGCAGCUUCAUUAGCAAAAACACUCUUUAAUGGACUUCGAUUAAAAGUAGCUACACACUGUUUUACACCAAAUAAACGCCAGCUGCUAUUAA